GGCGAAAUGUAUCCGCCCCGCUGUCAGUCUUCCCGAACUCGGCGCUUGUUUUGUGUCCCACAGGAGACAGGAGAGAUUCAGCUUUACAUUACUGAAAGAAGAACACAUUCAAGCUGUGAAACAAUGCCUUCUGAUUGACCUCAACAGCAGUAACUGUCCAUCAUGAACAGCGAGGAAGAGUUCUAUGAUGCUGAGACAGGUUUAGAAUCGGACGACUCAUGUGAAGUCAGCUUUAAAGAUGCCUGUGUCUAUGAGAGCAAGCAGACAGUGAAUGGAAAAGUGCCGUCUGAAAAUGGAGUAUGGGAGAGGAGAACUACUCUGCCAGCACCUAUGUUCUCCAGAAAUGACUUUAGUGUGUGGGGCUUCCUGAAGAAAUGCAUUGGAAUGGAGCUGUCCAAGAUAACAAUGCCCAUUGUUUUCAACGAACCACUGAGCUUCUUGCAGAGGAUUACAGAGUACAUGGAACAUACAUACCUCAUCCAUAAAGCUUGUACACUUUCUGACUCUAUAGAGCGUAUGCAGCUUGUUGCCGCAUUCGCCAUCUCUGCUGUUGCAUCGCAAUGGGACAGAACUGGAAAACCUUUUAACCCUUUAUUAGGAGAGACUUUUGAACUUACACGGGAUGAAGAGGGUUACCGCAUGAUCUCAGAACAAGUGAGCCACCAUCCACCAAUCAGUGCCUUCUACACAGAGUCACUCAAUCAAGACUUCUCGUUUCACGGCUCCAUCUACCCUAAACUCAAAUUCUGGGGGAAGAGUGUGGAGGCAGAGCCUAAAGGCACCAUGACACUUGAGCUCUCCAAGCAUAGAGAAGCUUACACAUGGACGAACCCUAUGUGCUGUGUGCAUAACGUUAUUCUGGGUAAACUCUGGAUUGAACAGUAUGGGACAGUGGAGAUCGUGAACCACAGCACUGGGGACAAGUGUGUGCUGAAUUUUAAGCCAUGCGGCAUGUUUGGCAAAGAGCUGCAUAGGGUAGAGGGACAUAUCCAGGACAAGAGUAAAAAGAAGCAUCAUGUUAUCUAUGGGAAGUGGACUGAGUGUGUAUAUAGCAUUGAGCCAAAAGUCUAUGAAGUCAACAAGAAAGCAGAGAAGAAAAGCGGAGGAGAUUCCAAGAAACACAAGCAGGAGCAGAGUACAGGGGGUGAUGAUGCAGAUGAAAUGCCAGAUGUCGAGGAAACAGUUACUAUGAUCCCAGGCAGUACGCUGCUAUGGAGAGUAGCCCCUCGACCGCCACACUCGACACAGAUGUAUAAUUUUACUAAUUUUGCCAUGACGCUUAAUGAGCUGGAGCCUGGCAUGAAUGGAGUCAUAGCACCAACAGACUGUCGUUUGCGGCCUGACAUCAGAGCUAUGGAGAAUGGGGAUAUCGAUACUGCAAGUCAAGAGAAGGAGAGAUUGGAAGAGAAGCAGAGAGCUGCCAGAAGAGAGCGUGCUAAAGAUGAGGAAGAAUGGUCUACGAGAUGGUUCCAGCAAGGCAAUAAUUGGUACACUGGAGCUGCAGACUGGAUCUACAAGGGUGGUUACUUUGACAGAAGGUACUCUGACCUUCCAGACAUCUACUGAUUCAGCUGGGAAGACUGAAAGAGUCUAGAGAUUCAUCCUUUGCUCUCCUUCACCCAAUCCAUAUCAUCUCCUCUCCUUAAGCUCUUUUCAUUUUUUUCAUCAGAAUGUGAGAUUCAUGUGAACAGUUUUUGGACAAAGCCUCUCCACGAGUUUACUAGACUUUUGAAAAUGUAGUGUGAGUGGAUUUAUUUAUUUUGAGACGUAGGGAAUGCCUUAAUUAUUUUUCUUUUUUUUUCAUGUAUGUUAGAUUUUGUCUGUGCAAACUUAGUACAUUUAGAAAAUGCUAGUUUAUGUACAGAAUGUGCUAACCUACCUUUCCAUGCAUCUCACUAGAUACACUCAGGUGUUCAGUUUAUGGGUACAAGUGGUUAGUGAUAGCAUCACUGCGAUGCAAUUUUUUUUUUUUAAUAUGAGGCUGCUCAGAACCUAUUAGGAGAGCAUAAUUUUGUGUUUUUGUUCAAACUAAUGCUAUGUUAUCAUCUCGUUGAUAUGCUUUUUUCCCCCUUAUCUCAGAAAUAUGACCUCUGUUUGUGGUAUGUAUGAUGUGCAGGAACUUCACAGUUAAAGAUUCUGCCUGAUUUUGAGUACCCAAAAAUGAAAAGGAGUUUUGAAUUAUCCCACCUUUGUUCAGAAAUUAUUGUUAUAUCUCGCUGAUAAGGCUCUUGGGCCAUUUUUCUCACCAUCUCCAUGGUACAGGGGAGUUUACUAAAAACGAAUAGUCUCAUUCCUCACACAUUUAGAAAUGUUUUGGAUCGGUUUUGUUUUUGUUUGACAGACACAAAUGAUAGCUGCUCAUGAAAAAUGUUUACUUGGUAAAAAAAAAAAAAAAAAAAAAAGGUGUUUUGUAUUUGUUAAAAAGCUCUUAUAACUAAAAUCCUUUUACAUCUUAGCAUUAGUGUUUUGAGUGUUGCCAAAGCGACUUUUCUCUUGUAGAAACUAAAGCCAUAUAACUUGUCAGUGUUGAGUGAUACAUCCAGGUGAAUGAAAUGGAGGUGGGUGUUAAUCUUUCUUUUUAUUUCAGCACUUAAUGGCUCACGGAUGUCAAGGUGCUUCACCUUAGCCCACAUAUAUUCGUGUGUCCCAGAAAUGCUCAGAAUGUGCUUCAUUGCUCACAUGCUUUUUGCCAUACAGCAAACUUCAUUCUUCAAGGACUAAUUAUUUUCCAGACAUGCAAAUCGUAGAUGAGAUGACCUCAGAGGAUCAUGAAAGACACCACUGUCUUUUAUUUCGAAACUUUAAACAAUACUGUGAUAUUAACACUCACAAAUCUCAGAAGCUAUGCAAAAAUUAAUGGAAAUGUCUGUCUAUGAAUUGUACAGUUUAAUGUUUAUGUAAAAUACAUUGGUUGGCCUAGUGCAAAGGUUUCAAGCAUGCUAGUACUUUUGCUUUUGGUUUGACACAGUAUUACUGGCUGUUUUGCACAGCCUAAAGUUGGUUAGGUGGAGACACAGGUGUAUUUAACGGCAGUGAUUAAUAACACUGUUAUCUAAUUAUUAGAAGUGUUUAUCAUUUACCCUUUAAUAUGUCUUUAAUAUGUUCCAUAUAGUGCGUACUGUUCCAAAAGCCAAGCUUCGGGCCAUGGCAAAGAAUUAACUACAAUUAAUUUCCCAAUGUAUUUUAUACACUAUACUGUGGCAUGUCUAAGCAUAAAUUAUUUAAUCUCACUAUCAAUGUUUACUAGCGGUUAGAGAUAUCAGUAUAUUAUUCCACCAGCUGCUAAUGUAAUGUCUUUUAGAAACCUUGAAAUCAUGGGACAUUAAAAAAAUCACACCCCCAAUUGUCUCAUGAUUUUAUGCUGUUAAUCAGCUAUUCCUUUAACAAUCACAUCAAGUGAAUAUACAAGUAAACCUGGUUACAUUGCAACUAUGUAAAGCAAACAUACACUCGAAAAUUUUCAAGUCAUUCUGUCUGUUCUUAUUAAACUGUUUUGAUUGGUUGUUUCUGUUGUGAAACUCACUAUUUCACAGAUAGAAGCCCAAAUUAUACCACUGUGGUGCUAUGACGGCUUUACAUAACUGUACAUGAUGUAUUGUGACUUUUUACUAUAUUUUUAUAGAUCACGUGAAAUGCACUCAUGAAUCUGCUAAUUUGUAUACUUGCAAUAUUAAUUAUAUAUGUGAGACCUCACUAAGAAACA